AAUUAACAGAUAAAUAUUAUGUCGAAAAGACUUUAAGAUCGUGUAAUGUUAAAGAAUUAAAAUGCAAAUUACUUGUUAGAUUAAAAUUAUGUUGAUCGGAAAAAGCAAUUCAAUUAUAAUAUAUAUGAUCGAUAAUCACCAGCAGAGCGUAAAUCUACUGACAGUGGUUUGGGAAGAUAUUACAACUCUUAUUACUAAAGGCCAAUACCAUAGAGAUCACCUGAUGAAUAUAAAGCUUUUACUAAUCACUAAUUAAGUAAAAUACCAUCUUUUUUAAAUUUGGAUAAAGAUGAUAAAUUUAAACGUUUUCCUUAAAAUGAGAUUCAACAACCAAUCAAUUCAUUUUAAUAUUUUCCAAAAUAAUAAUACUCAUCUAUGUAUGAUAGAGAACAAUCAUAAAAAAGGAAAUUUAAUUUGAAUGAUGUUGUUUAAGUAUAGAAAAGACAAUAAAGUCCAACAAUCUUCUCAAAAAAAUAAAGUCUUGUUGAUGUAGAUAGAACAUGGAUGUUUACUAAUUAAUAAUAACAUUCCUUUUUUAGUCCAAAAAAUAAUGAAUAAUAACCAAAAUUAUUAAAGAAUGCUAGUGAUUAUAUAUCAAAUUAUAGACCAUUUACAUCUUUUGAAAUAUAAAAUGAUAAAAACUUAACAAAAAAUCCAUCUUAAAAAUUUUAGCCUUAUCUGAAUAAUAAUAAUAAUAAUUCAAAAUUUGAUAUAGAUAAGUUGAGAAUGGAAUUGGAAUAGUAUAAAAGAAAUAAUAAGAGUAGAGUAGGGGAUGGGAUUUUAAAUAUAAAAAAUAGAGAAGUAAAUAAGGAUUAUUAAAAUACAUAUAUUAGAAGAGACGUUUCACCUAAUUUAAACUUUAACUAUAUUAAACCAAAAGGUACUGAUUUGUAUAAUUAUAGUUGAUGAUUAAAAUAAGGAUGUAAUGUUUAAUUAUAGAUAAUAAAAACAAAGUUCUCCUUAGAAGUAGGUUUAAAGUCUAAAAGCUUCAAGAUCAGAAUUAGGAAAUCCUAACAAGAAAUAACCUUUUUAGUUAAUAAAUGCUAAAAAUGAUUUAUAAGGGAUAGUGUCAGAUAAUUAAAGAUAUUUAUAGGAUCGUAGAAAGACUCCAGAAACUAAUAGAGUGGAAGAGUUAAGAAAAUAGUUGUAUAGUACUUACAAACCAUCAAAUAGAGAAUUAUUUUUUGAAUCACUUAAUAAAUCUACACCAUACAAUAAGAGUAAAAAUUGAAUAUAAUAAAUAGUUGCAAAUUAGAGAGAAUAGAAUUAACAAUCAUCAAAUAAUAGAGAGAAAGAUUAAAUAAAAUACAAAUUAGAUAAAAAAUUCAUCUGA